GAAUGCUUCCUCUUCUGUCUCAGAGUCUGGGUAAGGUUUCAUUCUGUUCUGUCUUAGCUAGCUACCUACAACUAUACCAAAUGGACUGGUUUAUCAUCUGCUUAUGUAGUAGAAUUAACACACUGCAUCAAUACAGGUACCUGCUGGUCACUAGUCAAAUAUAUAUUUUAUACUGUAGUAGCCAUAGAAUUAGGAAUUUGAGUACUGGAAUUGACAUGGCCUGACUUAUGAUGGGAUAAAGGUCAGAUAUUUUGGUCAGGGAGUUGGUCAACCCUGGUUUACCAGUGCUGUAAUAAGAUAUUGUGUAAAAUAAUGCAUUUUAAGAAUUUAUCUGUACUCUUUGUUAGCUAGCCAGCCAGUUUCAGAGGAAUAAUUCCAUAUCUUAAUGAAAUGAACUGCCAAGAUGCCAACAUUCAUUUUCAAACAAUACAGUGAGUCAAUAGGCAUUUUUCACGCCCCCAAAAGACCACUUCCUUCCACGCCGAGCAGUGUGUGACGAUAUCCGGUUGUCUGUAGUCUUCUGCGAAAUUCAAACAUUGGAGUUUACCCAGUCACUGCUCAAUUUGCCCAAGUUUGGCAUUAGUGAUGUGGCUAUCGUUCACGAACAUUCCCAGACGAAGAGAUCUGAACUUCAUAAAGGAUACAAGUUCUUCCACAAAGAAUAUCUUCAACGAUCAAGGUAAGUUAGUACUUGAAGUGACCAGUUGAGAUAGAUAGCUAGCUAACGAUAGCUAAGACGUUACCAAAUUGGUUAGUGCUAACAUGAGUUAGCUAACGUUACUUAAGAUUUGUCAGACUUAGUCAACGUUAAUAAGUUAGCUAGCUAUUUGGCCAGCCACUGUAAUCUAUUUGUUUCUCGCUAGCUAGAGCCGUCUCAGUAACGUUAAGAGUAGCAAUGGUAAACUGGUAAACUGAUGCAUACAUCAAUUUAAUGUUUGUCACCUAACGUUCUUUCCUGCUCUGUUCUUCUGAAUAUGCAUUGUGAGACAUGGUAGACCAGGAGGGGGCAGUGGUAGUCUGGGCAAGGUGUCACAUGUGAAUGAGGAGCUCUAGUCGCUGCAGGUUAGAGAGAUGAUGGGCAGUUUAAUUGCUUAGUGUUGCAGUGGUUACAGUUUACCUGUUUUGUUCAAAAUAAUCAAACUCUGUAUCUGUUCACUGUAAGCAUAGUUCCUUUGUUACUGAUCUGAAGCUGGAUAACAACAUGUUGUAUAGUCCACUUUUAUUACAGUUCGUCUUAUGUUUUUAAUGUCAGAAGUGAAGAGAAGCAAACAUGACCUUGCUGCUGCAGAUGAUCAAAAACAUUGUAUGAUGACCCCCCCCUACAUGUUAUUUUAGGUUACAUUGCAAGCACCCAAGAAGCCUGUCAUCGUAAACGGCGUAUCUUGUUCAGCUGAGGGCGUUUUGUGCAAUAUGGUGGCUCUACUCUUCCAGGCUGCACAUUACACCACAAUGGGGUUGUAGACUGUGUCAGCACCAUUGCCUUGCACGGAGGGCAUUUGACCAGAGCCCAUGGGAUGAAAUGGUUCUGAGGAAGCCAAGGACAUCAGGCAAGAGUGGCAUAAAACCCACUCUUUACCAAGCAUUCCCUGGCCCCUUCCUGACAUUACUGUGUCUGCUGGACCAAGUUUGAGGAGCAUGUGACCACAGCCUGCCAUUGCCACGGUGCUGCAUGGACUCUGGGUGACUCUAGAUUUGGUCCAAUGCUCCAUGGGUCAGUGCUGUCACAUCAUUGUCCCCCAACUGUCACCAGAGAUUCUAAAACACCCAGAUGCUCCUGUAAUCCUCCAGCUCUCAGUAAAAUAAAGUAAAUUGUACAGUAAUUUAAACUUUGUCCCUACUUGCACUCAGUUUUACCACUUGGAGAGCUUAAAGGUGUCACCAGCAUUGUCAUCUGCUAUUGAGAAGGACACAGUCGAGCAGUCUGUCUGUCAACUAUGGAAGGAAAUGAGGAAACCAUGUGUGAUUGCUCGCCAGUUUAGGGAGGCAUGCCAGGUGCGUGGGGAGUCAUCUAGCCAGGCCCUAGCCAUGAGAAUGCUUCGAGGUGAACGGCAAACCGGAGCUAUGUGAAGGGGUCUUGAGCUUAAGCCAGAGGUUCUCCAGAACUACUCUGAAUGAUUUGAUGUCUCAGUCAAAUGUUGUGGUUUCGUUGUGCACCCAGAUGCACCCCAUCUCGGGGCAAACCAUGAUGAGAAAGUUUAUGGCCCUUCUGCAGCGCCGCCCUUCAGGCUAGCUGAGAUCAAGUGCCUGAUGUUGAGUGUAACUGAUGUGAAGCACAUUUCAGUUUGUCAAUGGCCAGGCCAAGCUCAAACACAGCCACAAAUAUCACUAGCAAGUCCAGGGUCAACUGCCUGUAACCAGUUUAGUUUGGUACGACUUCACUACAAGCACUAGAAGUGCCAUUACAGUAGAGAGAGUUUGGAGAGAUGAUUCUUUAGUGGCAGAGAUGAGAGGAACCUGACCUCUUCUACACCUACAGGGAUGUUUAGAUAACUCAUCAAAGUUGUAUGUAGAUGAAUUUUUAUUUUGAAUUAAAGAAUUGUUUUCUUUGUCUUUCCUGUGUGGCUCAGGUGGAGAGCAUGGGGCUCGUAACGCCAGGGUUAUGGGUUCGAUUCCCACGGGGGAACCAGUACACAAGUAUCAAUGUAACACCCCAGUGUACGACCUGCUCAAGGCCGAGGGCCAGGCGCACCAACCCAACUUUACGUUCCGCGUGUCCGUGGGAGAGAUCAGCUGCACCGGCCAGGGGCCCAGCAAGAAGGCUGCCAAACACAAGGCAGCAGAGGCCGCCCUGAAGAUGAUGAAAGGAGGGCUAGGGGGACCAGUGGUGCUGGGAGAAGGAUUGGGAGAAGGGUUUAUUGGGGUGGAAGAGCCUUUGGAUGGGGACAGUUCUCCGUCAGAGAUGAAGACUUCAGGAAGCGGCACGUCUCAGCAGUCAGAAUGCAACCCUGUGGGAGCUCUGCAGGAGCUGGUGGUUCAGAAAGGCUGGCGCCUGCCAGAGUACACCGUGACCCAGGAGUCGGGUCCUGCUCACCGCAAGGAGUUCACCAUGACAUGCCGGGUCGAGAGAUUCGUUGAAAUUGGCAGUGGCACAUCGAAGAAGCUAGCCAAGCGGAACGCAGCAGCUAAGAUGUUGUCCAGGAUUCACGAUGUUCCUGUAGACCUGAGAAGCAGCCACGAGACUGAGCCUGAGGACGACACUUUUAUCAUGAACAUGGGCAGCAGGGUGGAGGCAGGGAAGUGUAAAGGUCUGGGCUGUACCUGGGACUCUCUGAGGAACUCUGCUGGGGAGAAGAUUCUGCAGCUGAGGAGCCACCCUCUGGGCAUGCCCAGCUCUGACUUCUGCUCUCUGCUACACGACCUCUCAGAGGAGCAGCGCUUUGACAUUAGCUACCUCGACAUAGAGGAGCACAGUCUGAGCGGACUGUGCCAGUGUCUGGUAGAGCUAUCCACUCAGCCAAUCACAGUGUGCCACGGCUUCGCACCCAAUCAGGACGCUGCCCGCGCCAGCGCAGCCCACAAUGCACUGCAGUACCUCAAAAUCAUGGCUGGGGGGAAGUGACCGUCUCCCAGACCGACCUCUCUCCAUGGCAACGACCUAGACCCUGAUCAUAUGACACAUCCACCUCGGAGGGUGGAAACAUCUUCCAACCAAUGGUGGUUAGGGGAAGUGACCAUUGAUUGACCCAGAAUUACCCAUGAUGUGGGAAUUGGAAUUGAGAAUUGUCCCCACACAUCCCUAUAGCCCUAUCUGGUCUGUUCAUUCCUAAAUGCCCCCUGAAGAUAUCCCACAUAGCCCUAGAUAAUUUGUCCCUAUGCCCUGAAGAUAUCCCACAUAGUCCUCGAUGUCCUCUUGAUUGGCUACACUGGCCAUUUAUUUGGAUGGUCAGUCACCCACCUGCUCUGCUGUUACGUGCCUAGAGAGAUACUCUGCAGAGAAAGGGCAAAAUACAUUUUACAACAACCCCCAUUUGACUGUAGCCUCUUUCUCUAGUUGCCACAUCUACAAUGAUUGACUUUGGUUGCCUUUUCAUUAGCUUGUACUUUGUCGUCAACCAAAAAUAUACCCCCCGUUGAAGAAGUCUUGGCCUGAAUGAAGUCUAAUUUUGGACAUUGAAAGUGGACAUUUAACGACAUGAGUUCUUAAAUUGGAGACUUGUGUACUUUUAUUGACAAGUUGACAAGAUCCAGCCCAUCUGUCUGUCUUGUCAUUUUUGUGUUUAGUAAAAUGCCUUUUAGAAGAGUCAUCUGAUAACUGUUAAAAGGUGUACAUUUUAAAUUAUGAUUGCUUAACAUCUGAAAUGCAAAAUGUUAUUUUGAGUUUUGGAAUUACAUUUAACAUUGUGUACUUUACCAUUGGAUUUCUUUGUCAGACCUCACAAAACCCUGUUUGAAAUUGAAUGGAUUACUGUGAUCUAAAAAUACACAUUUUAAGAUGUCAAAAGUGAAUCGCUGUUUGAGUAGCUGGUUGCUCUCGUAAAACCGUGUCAAUAGCCCUUCAAUUAAUUGAUAAUAUCACUUCCCUCAACUGUGGUUGUUCAUAAUGUCUGAAAUGGACCAUCUAAUUAGCCUGUGUGCCAGUCUGUUCAUGGUCUCUUACCCACUACUUAUGGAAUUGCAAUGUUAAACAAUGACAAUAGAGUAGGCCAAAAAGCACAAACAGAUCUGGGACCAGACUAGCAUCUAAUUGAGAUAGAAUUGUAUCGCUGCAUUUAAUAUAGUAGAUCAUCUAAGUUGGAUUCUCCGGCUGACUAAUCUGCUCCUCAUCUACCUCCUGUUACACGCUAAUGGUAUAGCCCGAACUCUAUAUCCUCCCGUGUUUACUCCCACCACUUCAGAGAGUCAAGGUUUCAUAUGGGACGUUGAGUCAAGAAUAGUGUUGGUGUAAUGAGUGUCUGAAGUAUACUGGCUGUAGUAGGGUGACACUAGGUUGCUGCUACAUCUCAUGAUGAGCAAGCAGUGAGAGAAACGCAACGUACCGCACACCUCUGAUUUCAGAUUAGUUGGGUUAAAUGCGGAAGACCCAUUUCAGUUGUACAACUGACUAGGUAUCCUCUUAUUUCCCCUUUUCCAAUGUUUGACGAUUUUGUGGAAAGUGUUGUUGCCCAAAUACAUAGUCGAACUGAAACGUGGCCUAUCACGGUUUUGCUUUGUUCCUUUUUGAUUAAAAUACUUGAUUUCAGUGCAAAUAAAUGUUUAUUGAAAUCAC